UCUCGGGGUUCACUGUUCGAAGGUCCGCUCCCUCACACUCGACACGUGGGAACCAGAAUUAUUAAAGUUGAUGUGUGAACUUGGAAACAGCGUCAUCAACCACAUCUAUGAAGGCUCGUACCAAGAACAAGGUCUGAAGAAACCAUCCCCGUCCAGUUCAAGGCAGGAAAAAGAAGCUUGGAUUAAAGCAAAGUACGUCGAGAAGAAGUUCCUGAAGAAACUGGGCUGCACAGAGAUUCUCAUCAACGGCGAGCGGAAGCCCGAGCGGCGGUGGAGCGUGAAGAAGUGUCGGCGACACAACAGCGCCACCACCGUACCCAAAACACGGCGGAGAUACCGACAAGACCCCGGGAGCACCUCCCCUUCGACCCUCUCCUCAGCUGCUGCUAAGUUCAGACGAGACUCCCUGUUCUGUCCUGACGAGCUCGACACGCUCUUCUCCUACUUUGACACGGGAUCCGGACCUCGAAGCCUGAGCAGUGACAGUGGGUUGGGAGGCAGCACAGACGGCAGCACAGACAUCCUGGUGUUUGGCUCCGUGGUGGACAGCGUCACAGAGGAGGAGUGUGAGGUGUCCGAGGACUCGAGCGGAGAACCGGAGCUGGAGGCUGAGCCAGAGACGUCCGACCCGGAGGACGUACGGGACCUUCACCCCGGAGCGCUGCUGUACAAAGCCUCGAAGGCCCGCAACCUGCCCGUCAUGGCCGAAGCGCUGGCUCACGGGGCCGACGUCAAUUCGGUCAACGAUGAGGAUGAAGGGAAGACGCCCCUCAUACAGGCAGUGAUUGGGGGCUCAUUGAUCGCCUGCGAGUUCCUGCUCCAGAACGCUGCCGACGUCAACCAAAGAGACGCGAGGGGGAGGUGCCCGCUGCAUCACGCCACGUAUCUGGGACACACGGGGCAGGUGUGUUUGUUCCUCAAAAGAGGGGCGACGCAGAACGACGGGGACGAGGACGGCCAGGACCCUCUGAGUAUAGCAGUGCAGCAGGCCAACGCAGACAUAGUCACGCUGCUGCGUCUGGCCAGGAUGAACGAGGAGAUGCGGGAGUCGGAGGGACCCUUCGGACAGCCAGGUCAAUACCCAAUCAGCAGCCCCACUGAGCAGCAGUAUAAGAAAUGCAUUCAGGAGUUUAUCUGUCUCACUAUAGCCGAGUGCUAGAGUCCACCACGGGUGAAAUCACAGUGCAGAGGGUGCAGGGAGACAUUCGACUGACUGAGAGAGAGAGAGAUCCUGUAUUUCACACUCUGCAUGUCGUCCCUGAGAGGAAUGUUUCACCACCACAUUAACGUCUAACAUCUCAACAUCAGACAUAUCCAGAAUCUUUCUAGAGUUCCUCUCCCCAGCACUGUCUCGUCCACCAGCAGUCAGCUCCCCUUCUCAGGAUCACACCAGAACCCAGCGUUUACUUUCAAAUGAUGUCAGAUUUGAGCGACUGACUCAGCCACAAUAGAAUCAUUAUCGUUGGGAGGUCCAGUCAGUCCGUUCACUGCCAGGAAAGAGUCAGACACUUUUUUAAAGAAUAUCCAGCAGCACUCUAGUAUCCAAUGAAGUCAUCAGCAGUGUUUUCGGGACCAACUCUUUAUUUGAGGGUUUUAGAGGGAACAGGGUGCUCUGAACCAAAGUUCUAGGUUUAGUUUUGUUAUUUUUUUAUCGUCGUGCAAAGUAGGAGGAGGGAUUUUGGUUCUGGAACUCAUUUUUCUCACAGACAAAGUAAUGUGACUCCUCUGUGGCUCGGAUCACAGAAAGUAGAGACUAAAUACUGCGAGAAAAUGAUCUGGUUGUUUGAUGAAAAGGUCAAAGUCUGCGUUCGUAAAAACUUUAAAAGUUAACUACGCCUCCCAUGGUGCAUUUCGUCAAGAGCAUAAAGUGAACAGGUUAAAUAUAUAUCUAUGGUAACACUUUAUAUUAGGGAACACAUAUCAACCAUUAACUAGUUGCUUAUUAGCCUGGAUAUUAGAGUUAUAUUGGCUCUUUAUUAGUCAUUAUAAAACACUUAUUAAUGCCUUAUUCUGCAACUACUCCAUUAAUUAACAGAUUUCACUCAAUAACCUCCUAAUUACUCCUUAUUGAUAGUAAGUAAGGAAGUUGUUGUACAUGAAUUACAAUCAAGUGCUUGGAUAUGUUCUCUUCACUUUGUGUGUUCCCUAAUAUAAAGUGUUACCAUAUGUACUUAUGGGUCAAUUAAACAUGAAGAAACCUGGAAGACAUCUUUUCUUACCUUCGCUCCUCUUGUUGGCAUCUUCUCCAUGGCAAUCGCAGCCGAAGCUCGUGGGUAUUGUAGUUUUUAAAGCCACCAAACCAAAUGAGGGAACUGACAUUUUUAGAAACAAAACAGAGACUUCAACAUAAACUUAUAGGAUCAUCACAUAAUCUAGAAUCAUUUUUUAAAAUUCUUGAUAAAUGAAACAUUGGAAAACUUCUGUUGUCAGGCCUCUAACUUUGCAGCUCAGUAUCUGUAGCACAGACGACUACGUGAUAAAAGCCAAAUCGAUGAUCACAGGGCGGUGCAGCCAACAGGCCUGUGAUCAACUAAAUCUGACCUGGCCGUACUUUCUUUAAUUGUUUUAGGACCUGUUGUUCACGCACGUGUGUUCAGUGGCGGUGGAGCUCUUUAUUUGUCGUUGUUAAGCCGUGAAGGGGAAACUGUGAAGCUGCGAUAACUGUGACUGAGAGUAAAUGAUCCUCGAGUCAUUUCUCUGUUUUGAUCGAGAGAUUGAUCAAGUGAAGCUUUUAUUUUGAAUUAAAAGCGAGAUUAUGCACUUUCUCUUCCCAGUGAUUUCAAUCCUCUUUUUGCUGUCGUUGUACCUUCGUUUUAUUUUUUACUGCUUCUCUUUUUUUUCCCUUUUAAUUUAUGACAGAAUUCCCAGAGCAAUAGUGCAAUGCUUAUGUCAGUAAUCUGUAUUUUUUGUAUUAUGUUGGACAACAAUGCAGAGGGUAUUUUUUUAAGCUGGAUCUAUUUUGUUAGAUUUUACUUUGCUGAGCACUCACACACAGUAUUAUAUUCUCAUGAUGAGAGAGAGAGACAUUACUCCAAAGUUUCAGUGUAUAUUACCACAUGGAGUACAAACUGCAGUACAACCUGCAGUGGAAGAUGGACAUUUUUGAUAAUGUGUACUACUGUAUAUACAGUAUUUGUAAUUUCAAAUGUUUGCUUAUGGUAAUCUAAUGUAUCAUGAUUUGGCCUAUAUUAGAUUGGUUCUUUGUUUUUAGUGCAUGAGUGGCUGUUGCUCAGGUCCUCUGAAGCCCUGUUGCUUUUGUUUACUUCUGUACCAGUGUAUGUGAAUAAUUGAUAUUUAGUAUUGUCCAAUAAUGUUAAUAUCAGUAUUAUAAAUAUAUAUAUAUAUGUAUUUAUAUAUAUAUAUUUAUAUAUAUAUAUUCUACUAAUUCAUGACAACAGUGCAUGAAGUGACAUUCAAGACAAACACCUCACAUUGGCUGGAUUCAUGUUUGGGCAAAACGCUUGACGACAAUAUACGUGUUGGUUUGUCCGUUGCCUGAAAGUAAAUUCAAUGGCCCAUGUUAUGCUCCGAUAUGAUGUCAGGUCUGACGCCUGGUUUUUAUUUGACCCCCCCCCCCCGGUCGAGCACAGUAAAUGAAAAUGAUGUCGGUCAAAUCGUUGGACAACCGUGUUUGGGAUGAAAGAGCCAAGUUGUUGCUAACACGAACUCGGAGGCAAAAAUUGGCCCAAAGAAACAUUCUGAAGAAUUAUUUCCCCAAAGAUCGUCUUCUACAGAUUCUAUCGACUGUUUGGGUUUCGUUCAAACCAAAGACCAGAAACAGGGAAUGGUUUUAAACCUUUUCUAUUUCGUAGAUUUAAGGGGCUGUGUACAAAUUAUUUGAAUCGGGGGGGCGGAUUGUGGUCUUUACUUUAAAACAGCAACAUCCUUUUCAAAUGUGGUUUUAAACUUUUGUUUGAUCCAGAAAAAACAUUCCUCCUGACUCAUUUUUCAACCGGAGCCAUGAUAUUGUUGAUGGAUCGGAAGUUUCUAAAUUACCCAAAUUGCCAAUUUGUGACUUAUAAAUUAUGAUAUUAAAAUUGAAUUUCCAGUCGACACACUUUGUGUUGAGUACAUUCAUUACGUUUUUAUUAUCAUGGGCCAAAAGAAUGUCUCAGAAUUGACAUAACAGACAUAACGUUGUAACAUUAUGGCUUGAGAGCUAACGGCUAACAUGCAAGCUAGCCGGGCACACGUUUGCUCGAGUAAGUUCGCCAAGAUUUUUGCUAUUUACUCUGUACUAUGUUGUUUAUUGUGUAAUAUGGCAUAACAUCCCCUUUUCGGACUCCUUCUUCCUCGCCAAUAAUUGAUAUACAGUCCUUGACGUGUAUUUGCGGAUGUUUUUAACGGACGUGGCAGCAUCGGAAAGCUCACUCAUUUUCUCCCUCCCCUUGUUGCUUGUCGGCGAAAGAUCCAACGCACUUUGAAACACACAAUCUCUCUUAAUCAUCCAAUAUUUUCUUAAAUUUCGUGCAGUAUUUAACAAAAACAUUUUACUAAAUGAAUGAUGUCAGCACCGACCGAAACUUUUCCAUCAAGCCACUGAAUGAUAACUGUUACAGCACCAUGUGUCUGCAGCGUAUCGUACUUCAACAAGUUGACUGUUGUGUAUAUAAACUAAAAACUAUUAACACUUUAACUGCCUGCUUCUUACUUGCAAUUUUUAACUCUGUUGUACUUUCUCUGUCUCUGACUGUUACCUGUACGACUUCUUUGACUAUUGUAAGAGGACGUGCGUCUCUAAAUAAACAGUGUGUGUGCAUAUUAACACUACCUGCUACCUAUGUUUGUUUUUUUGUUGAAUAACUCGUCCCAGUGUCGUCUGAAAUGAUUCUGAUAAUAAAUGGACGAUGUGACUAAA